AUGCUGCUGAGCCCCGUCACCUCCACCCCCUUCUCCGUAGACGACAUCCUCAGGCUGCAGGGAGAGCAAAACGACGCCAAGGCUCCGUCACAAUGGGAGCUGACUAGGAACCCAGAAAAGCCUCAGGACCUAAGAAUGGACCCUGAAUCCAGAAGCUCAGAGAGCGGUGACAGGACAGACUCUUCUAGGUGCCUCUGGGAGACAGUCACCACCAGCAUGGACUCAAAUCCUGUGAGGGAGCCACAGCCUCCCCGGGGCGCGGCCUCCCCGCUUGGAGCCGGGCACCCGAUGAUGGAGCUCGGCGGCGGCCUGGGCAAGCGCAGCGAGGACUCGCCCCGAGGCGGCCCGGAGCCGGCCAGGACUCGGGCUCGGCGGAAGCCCCGGGUGCUGUUCUCGCAGGCUCAGGUGCUGGCCCUGGAGCGGCGCUUCAAGCAGCAACGCUACCUGUCGGCGCCCGAGCGCGAGCACCUGGCCAGCGCGCUGCAGCUCACGUCCACGCAGGUCAAGAUCUGGUUCCAAAACCGGCGCUACAAAUGCAAGCGGCAGCGCCAGGACCGGAGCCUGGAGCUGGCGGGCCACCCGUUAGCCCCGCGCCGGGUGGCCGUGCCCGUCCUGGUGCUGGACGGCCAGUCCUGCCUGGGCCCCGACGCCCCCGCGUUCCCGAGUCCCUACGCGGCCGCCGCGCCCUACUCCUGCUUCGGCGGCUACGCGGGCGCUCCCUACAGUGCCAGCUACGCGGCAGGCUUCCCCGGCGCCCGCCCCGGGCCACUCGCCCCGCUCGCCAGCUCUGGCUUCAGCCCGGGUAGCCCGAGCGCCUCCCCGCAGGGCCAUCUGCCCCCCACGCUCCAGGGAGUCACGGCCUGGUGA